AUGUUUGGGUAUUACAUACUGCCAUUCCACAAAGACUACAACGAUUCAUCCAGCUGCCACACUCCAGUUUCAUCAAGGGCUCCGUCAAGAAACAACUCUGCUGGAAAUAUAAGCAAUGCCCCAAAAGAGGAGCUGUCUCACAGGGACUUGAAGAAUGCUGUCGAGAAAAGAGACGUUGCCUGCUUGUUUUGCUGGGAUAAGCUGUCCUUGCAAGGAGCACACAUCAUUGCUCAAAAAACAUUGGAGUAG